AUGUAUGACAUGACUGGAAACUCCGGUGCUGCAGAUAAAUUUGGUGCUGGUCCGGGUUUUAACCCCUUUGCUCAGGCAGGCGGUGAAAAUCCUUUUGGGGCGGGUGCCAAUCCGUUUGCGGGUGCUGCCGGUGGGCAAGGGUUUUCAUUUAAUGACUUCGAGGAGAUCUUUCAAAAGAUGAGUGGUGCGGGAAAGGACAAAACUCGUAAGCCGCAGGGUCCGGAGCCAGGUGCGGACAUUCACUUCAAACUCCGACUCUCUUUCCUCGAAGCUGUGAAUGGGUGCAGCAAGGAGAUAUCCUUCAACACCUUCCGUCGCUGUGGCUCUUGUACGGGGAGUGGUUUCCAAGACUCGGGAUCUAAAGCAAAGUGUGUGCACUGCGGUGGGCGUGGGAAGAAAGUAAUGAGCACAGGUUUCUUUCACAUGCAGCAAGACUGUACGCACUGUGGCGGAACGGGCGAAACUGGCAGGUCUUCUUGUACUCACUGCAGCGGGAAGGGAAUUGUCAAGGAUCGUAGUGUCCAAACCUUACCUGUUCCAAAGGGCGUUGACAACAAGGAACGGCUGAAGGUCAGCGGCAAGGGUGAGGCAGGCGUUCGAAACGGUCCACCAGGAAACCUGUACGUGGAGAUAAGUGUUGACGAGCACCCAGUAUUUCAUCGUGAGGGAUGUGACAUUCACGUAAUAACGCCUAUUACUCUUGCGACUGCAGUUCUUGGCGGUGCCGUGCGGGUACCAACGCUAACGGGUGAAGUGGAAACAAAGGUACCGGUGGGUACUCAGCAAGGCGAUAAGCUGGUGCUCCGGGGUCGGGGUGUGCAUCGGCCAAAUCAGAAUAAAACGGGCGAUUUCUUUAUUCAUUUUGCGGUCCUGCUUCCGAAAUCAUUAACAGAGAAGCAGAAGAAUUUGAUUGCUGACUUUGCAAAGGACGAGAAACCGCUGGAACUUACGGAUCCGCAAUUGCAGGAGCUGAAGGGUCGGUACAAAUCUUGGUUUGCCGCCUAG